CGUUUCUGAAAGGACAGAAUUCACUGUAUCCCUUAAAGGCCAGAGGCAGGCCCAGCUCUGGGAUCAGGAUCCACAAUCUUUCCUAAUACAGUGCUCCUAGUCCCCAGAAAAUCGGGGGCUGCCAGACUCUCUCCAGUUUGUCCACAUCUCUCCUAACGUGUGGUGCCCCAAACCAGACACAGUCCUCCAGCUGAGGCCUCACCAGUGCAGGACCACCUUUGACUUACAUUCAGGAACUGAUGUAUUAAGUGGACGCACAGAAAAUGGAAAGCCAAACAGAAACUAUCAAGAUGGAUAUUGGCCCCUCUCUGUCAUUUCCAAUGGAAAGAAAGGUUCACAUCCAGAUAAGUGGGAGACAGCUCAUCAAAACCAAACUGAGGAAGAGCUGUUCCUGCACCACUAAGAGACUGAAGAACGUAGUCAUGGACUUCUUCCCUGUGUUACGAUGGCUUCCCAAGUACCGCUGCAGAGAAUACAUAUGGGGGGACGUUAUGUCUGGGGUGGUGAUUGGGAUCAUUUUGGUACCCCAAGCCAUAGCGUAUUCUCUGCUAGCCGGUCUGAAGCCUAUUUAUAGCCUUUACACGUCAUUCUUUGCCAACAUAAUUUAUUUCCUGAUGGGCACCUCUCGCCAUGUGUCUGUUGGCAUUUUCAGCCUGUUAAGUUUAAUGGUAGGGCAAGUUGUGGACAGAGAGCUACUCUUGGCAGGGUUUGACCUGAACGAUGAGGAUGACGCCAACAGCAACAGCUAUGAAUGGAACGGCAACAAUUCUAAUGGAACCGCCUUCAACCUUACCCUGGGGGGGUUGAGCACUGAGUGCGGGAAAGACUGUUAUGCUAUUGGCGUCGCUACAGCCUUGACUUUUCUGGCUGGAGUUUAUCAGGUUCUGAUGGGAGUCUUUCGUCUAGGCUUUGUCUCUGUGUAUCUUUCAGAGUCUGUGCUGGAUGGAUUUGCAACUGGUGCUUCUUUAACCAUUUUAACAGCCCAAGUUAAGUACCUUAUUGGAAUAAAAAUCCCACGCAGCCAAGGCCAUGGGAUCUUCUUAACGACCUGGAUUAAUAUUUUUCAAAACAUUUCUCAGGCUAACGUAUGCGAUGUAAUCACGAGCGUGGUUUGCAUUGCUGUGCUAGUCGCUGCGAAAGAACUGGGAGAUCGGUACAAGCAGAAGCUGAAAAUCCCACUGCCCACAGAGCUGGUGGUUAUUGUUGUGGCUACGCUGGUUUCACACUAUGGGAAGCUGAAUGAAGUUUAUGCAUCCAGUGUUUCGGGGGCAAUUCCAACUGGAUUUAUUCCCCCUCAGCUGCCAAAUUUUAACAUGAUGCAUCGCGUGGCUCUAGAUGCUGUUCCUCUUGCCAUAGUUGGCUUUGCAUUUACAAUCUCCCUCUCAGAAAUGUUUGCCAAGAAAUAUGCCUACACUGUCAGAGCGAAUCAGGAAAUGUUUGCCAUAGGAUUCUGUAACAUUAUCCCAUCCUUUUUCCAUUGUUUUGCAACCAGUGCAGCUCUUGCAAAAACGCUUGUGAAAUCUUCUACGGGCUGCCAGACGCAGGUCUCUAGUGUUAUCAGCGCAGCGGUAGUGCUGCUGGUGCUGCUCUUCCUCGCUCCGCUGUUUUAUUCUUUGCAAAAAUGUGUUUUGGCUUGCAUCAUAAUAGUCAGUCUCCGAGGAGCCCUUCGGAAGUUUAGAGACGUGCCCCAGCGAUAUCACAUGAACAAGAUGGACACUCUGGUGUGGUGCGUUACUGUGUUCUCAUCUGCCCUGAUCAGCACAGAAAUGGGGCUUUUGAUUGGGGUCCUCUUUUCCAUGCUGUGCAUCGUUGUUCGUACGCAGCGACCCCGUACUGCCCUGCUUGGUCAGAUCCAGAGCACUGCCUUCUAUGAAGAUGACUGGGAAUAUGAAAGUCUCUGUCCUGUUCCAAAUGCCAAAAUAUUUCGUUUUGAGGCACCACUUUACUAUGCAAAUAAAGACUUUUUUCUGAAGUCUCUCUACAGAAUGACUGGGUUAGAUCCUACUCUGGAAGCUGCUAAAAGGAAAAAGAAUGAGAAGAAGCAAAAAGAGCAUUUGAAAGAGGGAAAUAGAGGCACGAUUGUUAAGGGAUUGGAUCAGGCAGAUACAGCCUUACACCUGGUCCCUAAACAAGUAGAUUUCCAGACUAUCAUCAUAGACUGUUCCUCAAUCACUUUUCUGGACACAGCUGGUAUAAUCACAUUAAAGGAAAUAGUGAAAGAUUACAACGAGCAAAAAAUCACUGUUCUUCUGGCUUGCUGCAACCCCUCAGUGAUUGACUCUCUGAAAAGAGGGGGCUACUUUGGGAAGGAUUGCAAAAAGAUGCACAAAUUGCUGUUCUAUAGCAUUCACGGUGCUGUGCAGUUUGCCAGAGAUAGAAAGUUUUUGGCAGAUGGGUCUGCUGUUUAGUUUCAAAGGCCCAUUUAUUUCCCUCUGCUGUGCUGCACAAAGGGGAACAGGGUGCAGUCACUUAGAAGUAGGCAGACACCGCACUUGCUGCGCAGGAGCCACCUGCCUACAGGACAUUCUCCCAGGAGAAGGUGUGCAGUGCUGGACCGCCGCAUCCCAUCUGCAGAUGGGGCAAACAGGGGUGAGUGCACCCAGUUACCACCUGACCUGCCACUUCAAAAUGCAGAUGUUGGACUGUAAAAGAGCUUGUGAGUUACUUCUCCACUGUACUGUAGUAACUUACAUGCAUCAAACUUACGCACCACCGGUCUGGUGUAUCUGCAAGUCUGUCUAGUGCCUGAGCAGAAAAGGCUAGCUGUCCCCCUUGAAUGUGCUGGUUUAUGGGUACAGGAGAGCAGUCUCCGAGAAACCACUUGUGGUCUGGUUCCUUGGCCACACCACAGUGCUAUCUUUUAAACUCUGGCCUGUAAGGUCUUUUCCCUUAUCAUAUCACUACUACAGGCAUGCUCUUGUUUCAACGGGCUUUUAGACAACCCUGCUGUUUGCUACACACUUGUUAGGAGCAUCAGCUGGGAUGAUGUAGCACCUCCUUCCCACAUGCCCAUGAGCCAUAACAAAUGUGUUCCCCUCAGUUUCAUUAUUCCUUAGCAAAACCUCCCUCAAAGCUACCAUGGAAUCAUCCAUAUUAAAAAGAGCCUAUUGAGGGCAUAUUUCUGUUCUUAAAGAUGCAGGAAGAAGUGUGACCAUUAAACUCAGAUUUGCUGUAGCUAGUGAAAUUAAUUAAAGUGAUGUUAAGAAAAGGGAAGUGCGUUCAUUAGAAAUCUUAUAGCUACACUAGUUUAACUGUGAGGCAAAUCUGACUUUCUGGAAUUUAGCUAUCUCAAGCUUAAACCCUAGAAUUCAGGCCAAGCACAUCAUCUUUGUAAUGUAACUGUCAGACUGGGUGCAGGGCAGUGGGGAGACAUGGGAGUGAAAGAGACAGGGGAGGGAAAAAGAUGCAAGAAGGGAAGCGUGAGAUAUGGACGGGAAUGGGAGAAACGGACUGGGUCUGAAUCUGGAGUAACUCCACUGAAGUUUUACGCUGGUGUAUCUGGGAUCAGAAUGUAGCCUAAUGGCUGAAGCAGAACUUUUUUAAGUCAUUCAUUUCAUUAUGUUGUCGGAGUACCCCCACGAUCCGUAUACAUUUCAGGCCAUAACUUUAAUUUGUAACUCUGGUUUCUAAUGACAGCUAAGAGAUGUCUGGGAUGUUAUGCAGAGUCGGGAUAUGUUAUUUUUAUAUUAAUUUCUAUGACUAAUUAUUCCCUGUAAUAUCAAAUGGCAAUUUAAAAUACAGCACACUGCACAUCAGAUGUGUGCGUAUAUAUCACACCUAUUUGUGCAGUAUCUGUACAAAAAUACACGUAGAAUAGGGCUAGAGCAGAAGUCAGUUUAAAGACGGCGCUGGAUUGCAGCCAGAAGUUCUGACGCUUGGCUUUGGCAGUGUGGCUUCUCCAAUGCUCAAACUGAAGAGCUAGACCAAGGCACCGUUUCGGCUCAUUCAGCAGCUGCUUCUCCCUCCUUUCUCAUGUCCCAUCCCACAGGCCAGGUGCUGGGCAGUGUAAGGAAGCUCAGUUUCUGGUCCUGGAGCCUUUUUUCCUUUCUCGUUUUGGCCAUUUUGUGUGACCCUCCACCCCCAUUUCAAUGGCAGAACCUUCCCCCUUCCCAGUAGCUCUCACUGUCUUUCCUCUCCCAUCCUCUUCCCUGGGACUAGCCACUCCUUCCAUCCAUGAGUGAAACGUGGGGAAAAUGCAGGUUUGAGGAAUGCUUAUAGGGCUACAUUUAGUCUAACUCCAUUGAAGCCAACAGAGACGCACUUAAACAUACUCAGUGCGAUAACUCUGCUCUGUAGUCCCUAAAGAGACUACUGGUCUCAUGCUACUUUUCAAGCAAGCCCUUUGCCACGAUACACAACAUUUUGUUUCAGAGCACUACACAACAGUACCGCAGCACCAAGCAACUUAUUUCCACUCUCUAGAUCAACAAGUGCAAGGAUACUCUAAGCAAAGGUCUCCAGAUUUUCCCAUGUCCCCUCCCUAUUUAGGAACACCACAACAAAUAAAGGAAGGGCAACUCAUUUCCAAAUAGCAAAAUUCUGGUGAUUGACUCUAUCUGAAGUGAGGGCAACACUGGGAUGGGGUGUAUAGAUCCCACGCUGAGGAGGGAGGUGCCAGAGAGGCUCUGGGGACAGGACGAGCCCUGCUCCUCUGGCCUUGUCAAUCAUGUAUAAAAGGGAGAAAAUGGAAGUCAAUUGAGGGAGGAGGAGCAAGACUGUCCCAAGCAGAAGACUACUGGAGCCACUUGGGGAACAACCAUCCAGGAGAUCUCUACCCCAACCCUGUGGGAAGUGCAGUGAACUCCCAGGGAGAGAUUUAAGAAGGCCUGCAAGGGGUAGCACCCCUGGUAAGAAGUAAGAAAUUGGGGGUCUGUGUGGGAGCUACCCAGUGCAAGCAACUGUGUGGUCAGGUUCUCUCAUCCUCUGGAAGAAAAGCUGUGGGGGCUCCUUUACAAACACAUUUUUAAUGAGGAUUAGUAGUUAGGUAGUGAAAUUCCCCUGCUCGCCUCAUUUAUUCAAAAACAUAUGUGAUGUCUCGGUGCUAUUAUCACAACACAUGAUGUCAACAGUAACAAACUAAUUCUGGAAAAGCCGGCCUGACUGAUGUCUGUGUUAAGAGAUCAGAACUGACCAACCAUUUUUAGUAUUAGUGUUUUUCUGCGGUAAAGUCAAUUUAACAUGCAACAACAUCAUCCAUUAAAGAGCUGGUGUACCAUGACCACAGCUUACCAUCUUCUCAUUGUUACCUUGUGUUCUCCUGAAAUGUUUGUUGUAGCCACUUAGUAUGCAUGCUUUGCUGGUCAGGGACCAUCUUUGUCAUAUGUCUAUACAGGGCCUAGCACAAAGCGACUGGGGCCAAUGUACUUCGCUGUAUGAUACAGCGAGUUACAGUUGGGAGUUAACAGCAAUCCCUGGGGAACAAAAGAGCAAGCUCUUUAACAAGCUAGUCUUAUUCACUCUGUUGUCUGAGCCCCAGAGCUAGAACCUUGAGAAGAAUUAUAGCUUUGCUCUCCCCUAAUGUUAUGAGACUAAUCUGGUUUCCGAAAGAAGACGGGCAAUUGGGGAACAAAAUUAAGACUUAUCCUUACCUGAAAAAAAAAGUUAGAGUUGUAGCCCAUGCCCCCCCCCCACCCCCCAAAAGAGGGAGAAGGGAAGAGAAGCUGAUCUGUCAAUCUUUUUUUAACAAAGCAUGCUGGGAAGGGGUGCAGUCUGGUGGCUGUUUACAAGGUAGGCUCUUUGGGUUGUUUAGUUUUUAUCAGAGCAGCAUCCCAGCAGAAGAAGGAGAGCUGCAUGAAGAUGCGGGAUGAGGGGAGAACAGGUUGUUUUUUUCUCUCUGAUAAAAGUUGUUUUAACAACCAGAAAAGACUUCAGGAACCAUUUGUGUUUUGAAUGUUAGUUCUGGGGACUGGCUUAUAUGUAAGUUACUGUGUUUAUGGCUGUAAAUGACUUUCUAUGAUUAAAAACUGCUUUAUUUCUGUUCGCUUACUGUCAGGGGUCAGGGCAGGCUGUACUGACUCAGUGUGCGGCUGGUAAAGGGCUUUUAAUUCCUCUGUGGUUUUAUACUAUUCUCAGUGACUUGGGGUUGGGUAAAUACUAGAAUAAGAUACUUAAUAUGAGACUCUCUCUUUUCUU